GCAAAUGAAUAUACGAGUCAACUAAAAAUGUGAUAACUUUACACUUUCGGUUUGAAUAUUAGAGAACCUAGUAUUUUUUUAAGUUACCGUGUGUUAUGUAUUACGUUUUAAUGUGCUUUUUGCCAAUUACAAUUUAUUGAACCAGUUCAACUUAAAGUUUUUGGAAAAAUAAUGUUAAAUGCGGCUACAAAUCGACUUCGGAUAAUUCUGCUUACUAAUCAAUUAAGUUGGCUGUGAUUAAGUAUCUAAUGUCAACGUCGCUUGAAGUACAACAAAUCAAAAUAUUUGACAAAUAUUUAGUUUUUUCUGUUCAUAUUAAUAGAAUAAAUUUAAAGUUUAUUAUUUCCAGGAAUUAAAAAUAUUUAAUAUUUUGGAUAAAUGUGUAAAAUUCAAAUCAAUUCAUGCCUAAACAGUCCAGUUUUGGACUAUUCUAGUUAGUGACAAUCAUUUUGCAUAUGAAACACAGCGCUGUCAGGCAUUUGUCAACAUUUAUUGGCACUGGUUUGUUGCUAUUGGCAUUUUGCGCCCGAAAUUUUGUACCGACAUCAAGAUUUAUGUGUUUUCAUUUAAUAUCUAAAUUAGUACAUAUACAGAAGAAUAACUAAUAUACACUAUUAAUAACAUUAACUGAAUUUAGUAGAAGUGCUCGAGCUAGUCGAGAGAGGUGAAGAUUUGAAGCUUUUCAAGAAGGAAAAAGUGACACCAUAUUUUGGAGGGAAGUUUAUUGUUGCCGGUAUGUCACAUAUUCACGACUAUGAAGAACUCGUGCUGGACGCACUUGAGGUUGUGGAAUUUAAAUUGAUACGUCGCAAGCAAGAUCUAGAAGAUGAUAGUCUGGUGUUCCACCCGUUGAUGGCACAUCAAAUAUUUGGCGAAUCGGAGAGCAUAUUUGGCUAUAAAGAUUUACGAGUGCGAAUCCUAUAUACUGCCGGACCACUUCACAUUUAUAUCGGUACAGAAUAUAGCAGUCGAGUAAAUGAGAUAUCAGGAGGAGACAUAAAAGCUGAUAAUGUUGUGCUCACUAUUGCCGAAAAGUUACCCGAAGGCUGUUUCUUUAUCAAUAUGGAUGAGUUUUUAAAAACACUUGACAAAGCCGAUAAAUUUCAACCUUUUGGAGAAAAAUUAUCCGAACACCAAGUAACUGACGCUCAGGGAAAGGAGCGUUUGUUCGAAAUAUAUCACUGUGAUUAUAAAGUGCAGGCGUUUCUAAAAUUUUUCAGUCGUCUACAAACAUUUAUACUUUGGUUUGUUGAUGCUGCAUCGUAUAUUGACAUUGAUGAUACACAGUGGAGUUUUUUUGUAUGCUACGAAAAAUAUAAAAAUGAUAAUGGAGAUUACCAGUAUGCAACGACGGGUUACACCACUGUUUAUGAGUAUUAUGCAUAUCCACAACACAUACGACCACGCAUCAGUCAAGUGCUUGUCCUACCACCAUUCCAAAAGCUCGGGAUUGGCACAAGCUUCGUAGAGACCAUAUAUAAGCAUUAUCAAUCUCAGAAAAACGUGGUGGAUAUGACUGUUGAAGAUCCAUCUGACGACUUUCAGCGUUUACGCAAUUUUGUGGACGCACGACUAUGUAAGGGUUUGAAAAGUUUCGGAAGAGAUGCCAUUAAAAAAGGUUUCAAUAAGGAAAUGAUUAGAGAGGCACGGGAAACGUUCAAAUUGAAUCCUCGCCAGUGUCGUCGUGUCUAUGAAAUACUCCGCCUCUGUUAUACAAAUUUAAAUGAUGAAGAGGAUUAUCGGGCAUAUCGUUUAGAUGUGAAGCGACGUUUAAAUGCUGUUCAUUAUAAGCAGAUAAACGACAUUAAGAAAAUGGAGAAAGCCAAUGUGGAUACUGAAUGGUUGAGAGCACGUCUGCCCACGCCAAUGCAACGCAUUGAACAGUUAAAUGAGGAGUACCAGCAAGUAGAAGGCGCCUAUAAACAGAUUCUUGAAAAAUUACGCAAUUAAGCAUGCGAUUUACAGUACAGUUAUUUGUGUUUUAUUAUCAAUGUCGAUGUUAACUAGUAAUCAGUUAAUUGCGUUUUGAUUGAUUAUACAAUAAAAUUAAAUUAUUAAAAUUAAAACAAAAGCACAUUCAAGCAUACAUUUCAUUAGAUAUUAGUAAAUUUAUUGAUUCGAAUAUACGUACAUUUACCAUGUUAAUAUUAAAUUUAUAAAUUUGUUUAUAUAA